AUGAGGCCAACUGCCAGCUUGUUAAUAGCAACAUUGCCACAGAUGACAGUCACCGAGUGGCUCGUUACUGUAAUCAUACACCAGGAAGACUUUCUCCAUAAGCUGUUGGGAGUGGCAAUGGUCGUGUGGAGUAAAGAAAGUGCCUGGCGGGGCCUUUAUACUGAUGCAGCUGACUUCUCCCAAGGGUUUGUAGAGAAGGUCGCAAUAUGGCUGUUUGCCCUGAUCAUUUUCCGAAAAAUCAGUGACGUGAAGAAAGAGGAAGAGGAGCGCCUCAGGCAGAAGAACGAGGUCACCCUCAGCAUCCCCGUGGACCACCCCGUCCGAAAGCUCUUCCAGAAGUUCAAGCAGCAGAAGGAGCUGCGGAAUCAGGGGUCCACCCAGAGCGACCCCGAGCGGAACCAGCUCCAGGUAGAGAGCCGCUCCUUACAGAAUGGAGCCUCCAUCACGGGCACCAGCGUGGUCACUGUGUCACAGAUCACGCCCAUCCAGACAUCUCUGGCCUACGUGAAAACCAGCGAGUCCCUCAAGCAAAACAACCGUGAUGCCAUGGAACUCAAGCCCAAUGGCGGUGCUGACCCCAAAUGUCUCAAGGUCAACAGCCCGAUCAGGAUGAAGAACGGAAAUGGGAGGGGAUGGCUGCGACUCAAGAAUAACACGGGGGCGCACGAGGAGAAAAAGGAAGACUGGAAUAACGUCACGAAAGCCGAGUCGAUGGGGCUAUUGUCAGAGGACCCCAAGGGCAGCGAUUCCGAGAACAGUGUUACUAAAAACCCAUUACGGAAAACAGAUUCUUGUGACAGUGGGAUUACAAAAAGUGACCUUCGUCUGGAUAAGGCCGGAGAGGCCCGAAGUCCGCUGGAGCACAGCCCGAUUCAGGCUGAUGCCAAGCACCCCUUUUAUCCCAUCCCAGAGCAGGCCUUACAAACCACACUGCAGGAAGUCAAGCAUGAACUCAAAGAGGACAUUCAGCUGCUAAGCUGCAGAAUGACUGCCCUGGAAAAGCAGGUGGCAGAAAUUUUAAAAAUACUCUCCGAAAAAAGCGUGCCCCAGACCUCUUCUCCCAAAUCCCAAAUGCCUCUCCAAGUACCUCCCCAAAUACCAUGUCAGGAUAUUUUUAGUGUUUCAAGGCCUGAGUCACCUGAAUCUGACAAAGAUGAAAUGCACUUUUAAUAUAUAUAUAUAUAUUUGUUAAUAUAUUAAAAACAGUAUAUACAUCUAUAUACAUAUGUGUGUAUAUACAGUAUAUACAUAUAUAUAUAUAUUUUCACUUGCUUUCAAUAUGAUGAACACAGUAUGGAUUUUGAUAUGUAAAUAUUGCAUGUCCAGCUGGAUUCUGGCCUGCCAAAGAAGAUGAUUAUUUAAAACAUAGAUAGUGCUUGUAUAUUAUGCAGUUGACUGCAUGCACACUUUACAUUUAUUUAUAGUCUCUAUUCUAAUACAAAAAAAGUAUGAUUUUUGUUAACCAAGGCAAUGUAAUAUUUGAAGAAUCAGGGUCCAACCUGCCAAUGUUGCCAUGACAAAUUUGAUCUCAGGCUGAGUAUAUUGAACUGUCAUUUUCUCACUGUUCUGUUAAGUUAAAAUUAUAGAUUAAUGCCAAGGGAGACUUCAACCUUUUAGACUGUUGGUACCAUUUUAUAAUCUCUUUUCAUAGGAUAUUUUUCUGUAACUUAGUGUUAGGUUAUUUUCCCCAAUAGGCAGUGUUUGCUCCAUCUAAAUGACUGUUUUGUUGCCUAAAUCAGAUAGCAGUGUGGGAUAUUGAGAACGUAUUGCUAUGAGUUUUGUGCAUGAAUUGCAUUUUCGCUCAACUAUACCUCUCCUUUUUUAACACUGUACUUAGAUAGUAAUCAUUAACUCUUAUGUAAGGAAAUCCCUACUCCCUCCGUCUUGGAGAAUAGCUGCCAUCUUAUAAGCUGAUUUUAUCAACCCCAUAAAUAUGAAACUAUUAAUAUAGUAUAUAUUAUUAUAGAAAAACUGCACCACAGGGUAAAAGGGCCUUUUAGCAAAUCACAUUAGUGAUGCUGGUUUUCCAAAUGUGAUGAAUGUUCUCAAUUUGUGUUUCUAAAACUUGUUCAAAGGUGAGGUUGAAAGGCUCUUGGCAAAGAAACAAACAAAACACAUUUAAGUAAUCACAUCAAAAUUUUAACUAUAAUGAUCUAAAUAAAAAAGAAUGUAAACAGAUAGACAAGUUUUUGUAGCAUAUCUGUAACUUAGGGUGAAACACAGGUACAGAAUUGUUCACACAUGUUUCUUAACAAUGUUUAUAGGGAUAACACAGGAAACAUGGUUAGAAAAAAAUCUAAGAAGUUGUCAAGUUGCUCAGUUCAGAUAACUGCUUUUCUAUAAUUUUAUCCUGGUUACAAUUUUCUAAAGCUUUUUUGCACACAGUUCUACUGCAGGACUUCUGCUGAAUUGAUAUAAUAGACUACUGUGGCUCAGGCAGGUCCAUGUAGGAAAGGGGCGUACUAAAGACUGAAUUUCAGGGUCUUUGAGUCAUAAAUCCUCUUCUUAGAAAGUGCCUAUUAUCAACUAAAAAAAAAGUCACAAAGAGUUGUGUAUAGCUAGUCCCUCAAAUGGUAUGUAUUGAGAAUAAAAUACAUGUUCAUUUGUAAGAACCCAGAAAAAUUUAUUUCUUUUGACCAAAGUAUAUUUUGUGAAACCGAUCAAAGAGGCAUACUUUUAAACUGGUGCAUGCAUGACGUUUAACUGUGGAAACAGGGAAGUUAUUGUUUGCAUCAAGUUGAAAAUAUAUUCCAGUAAUUUGUACAUUAUCGGAGCAUCUGUACAUAUAUGUUAACAACAUGCACAAGAUGAUAGCAAAAUCAAAGGAGCUAUUUUGACCUAUUGUUGCCAUUUUUAUGAGCUUUUCUAACUAUCUCCCAGCAUCCCCAAAUAAAACCACCAGAACUGAAAGACAAGUUAUCGCAAUCAGACUGGAGAAGUGCAGAACAAAGUAAUUUUUAAAAACAAUUGAUAUUUUAGAAUUUCUAUUAGAGCUUCUUCACACGUCCACAAAAUGUGCCUCUUUAAUCCAGGAGUCUCAGAGCAGAUGUUAUGUGCCAUGGGUUCCAUUUCCCCUUUUUUGUGCCCACAACUUCCAUUACUCAGCAUGGAAGUUUCCAGGGGAGCAUGUCUCCAUGCUAUGCUACAACAUCUACCUACCAUAGGCACAAGAACAUGAGGUACUCACAGGAUAAGGAGUCAGCCUUGAAAUGGAGAUUUAAGUUGCUUUCAUGGUGAAGAUGGUACUUUUUUCUUGACCUCUGACAUUUAUUGAAUUUCAGGGUAUUUUUCUAUUUAACCAUGUACGAGACAAGCUUGGUUAAGCUUUUAAAGGUGAGUGAAUGGUAAAGAUAAUCUGCAUAUAGAAAUGGUCAAACUUCAGCCACAUGCUUCAAAAAAAUAACCAUUGGUGUAAAGCUAUAUCAGAAUGACUAAGACAGCAGGGCAAUUUGAUGUUGCAAUCCACGCCUUUGCUUAUUAGUGGUGCAAAUAUUUGCUGUGUUCUGCCAUCGACUCAACUGACCUAUGAUAUUAUUGUUCAUAUACAUGGGCAAGAAACAUGGUUUUGAACUCCUCCAGGUUGUCACCAAGGGGGGAAAAGUAUCAAUUGCUUGUUUAUGGUGCAGUUCUCACAGUAUUCUUUUCCAGUCACCUGUGUUCCUAUGUGCAUGCACGACGAGGUGCUGAAUGCACUCUGCUUUUUCAGCAGAAAUGCAUGUGUUCAGCAAACAUUGUAUAUAGUCUUUUAGGUUCCCAGAUUCUGCAAUUCUUACCAGUUGAACUUACUCAGAUUUGAAUGAAGGGUGAACACUUGCUUUAAUACGUGCAAUAAUGAUAGAGUCCUGUUCUGUGUUGCCUCAGCCAGCACAUGGGGGACCAGACGACUGCAUGUUUUAUUCUUACACUGUAUAGAUGCUUUCAGUGCAUCCAGAAUAAAAUUUUUAUUAUUAUAUUUCUGAACAAUGUACUAGUAGGAGUAAAUAGAUAUGUAUUUACAAUCCAAACAUUUUCCAAAGCAACUUACAUACCUUCAAUAUUUUUCUAUGAUAAUAUAGAAGAUCAGAUGCUGUACCCUGGACAGGUGGUUGUAAUGUAAUAGCAAAAGUCAAACAAAAACGGAAAUGUGAGCUGUGCAUCGUAACGACAAGUUUUGCCAGUCUGUAUUAGGAUAUUAUUGCACUAAAUAUGAUCUAGUAGAUGCAAGAGCUUAUGAUAAAGAGAACACAGGCACACAAAUGGCAGAUGACAAUACCAAAGCUACCAGUGUCCCACAAUGACAUAAAUAGUACUUAGAAUGGUUUGGGCAUAGAUGUUGAAUAGAGACAUAUACAUCAUUGUUAAAAUGGAAAAUUUUUGUUUUGACACCAGUUUCAUCUCACAUUAAGUACAGAAGUAAAAUUGUCCUAAGUACUCAGUUAAAAAAAAAUGUAUGUAGAUCAGAGCAAGAGAAUUAGAAAAUUUGGGAUUUUAAACUGCUUUUAAGAACAGGCAUACACUCCUGGAGUUCCCAGCAUGUUAACAAGAAUAUUAAUUAUGACCACUAACAAAAAUGCCAUUUUGAAAAUUAAUCCUAUUGGAACCCAAAUGCAAAUCACAGCUUCCUUUAAAUUUAAGGAGAUUUUGUUCUCCUGAGAUCUGGCCCAUUUGCUGUUCUAUUUUAAAUUACUAAAUUCUUUUAGAAAACUUUAAAAAAAUUAAUCUUCAGAGCAGUGACUGUUUUUAAAGUGUGCAGUGGCUGGUACUAGUGAAAUUAUGUGUCAUAUUCUUAAUGAAUUCUACUAUCUUGUAUAAUUUUUAUCUUUUAAGCUAUUUUGUCUCUUUUCCAAAAUUUUAUGUAGGUAAUGAGAAAAUUUAUCUAGAAUGUACAUAUCAUACAUGGAAAACUUUAAAAUAUGAAUAUUUUGUAAUUAUGUGAAUGUUGUGUUUUAAUAUUUUGUUACAUAUAAGAAUAUUUCUCUUGUGGUCUUGAUGGAAAGGGAGAGAAGAACAAUUUUUUUGGAAAACAUCCGAGGAUUAGUAUCUGAGCUCUGUCUUGGAGUCUGAAUCUAGCUUUGUCACAAUUACAGUGUAACUUUGGGCAAAUUAACUGUUCUUUGGUGUGUCUGGGCUUCAAUUCCCCACCAAUAAAUAAUAAAAUGAAGAUAAGAACUGCUCCAUUCUUACAUCAAGAUGAUAUUAGGUCAGUGGGAAAUCAUCUUCCUCUCAAAUGAAAAUCACAUGAAGAUAAAUUAUUAAUUUUUUCUUUCUUUCAUAGAAGAUCAGCUGAGAUAUACUCUUUAAAUAUUUUCAUAGGGUUUAGAAAUUUCUCUGGCCAGAGGUUGGUGGGGAAAGGCAUUGAUGGCUAAAAAAUUACUAGUCAUUGGCAUGUGAGCAAAAGAAAGUUGUCUGGGAAUUUAGAACUACUAAUUAAAUAAACAUGGAAAGAGUGAAGGUCUUUGGAGAGAACAGAGAAAGAAGAGAAAAAGACAUGUAAAUAUUAUGAUUUUUGCUUAUUCUAUUUAAUCAUACUGCUCAGCAGAAAUUCUCAAUCUUGUGAGAAAAAGUAAAAAAAAAUUGAGUAUUCAUGAUACAGAGCAGUUCAUCUUUCAAGUUUUUGUAUAAAAAUAAUCAUGACUUACUCAAGAUACAUGGCUCCACAUGGACAGAUGUUCUUAUAACAAAAUUCUUAAUUGUGAAAGAAGCUUUUCCAAUAACCAAUCGAUUUUUCAAUGUAUAUCUUGAACUAGAAAAAAAAGGUAAAAAAGGAAAACCAUUUGAAUUACCUUAAAAAACCACUGAUGUUAUUGUGUCCUAAAUUAGAAUAUUCUAAUUUAAAAAGUUAUAAUAUGUGAUUAGUAACAUUGAUAACUCUAGGAAGCCCCUGAUAACAUGUAAACAUUUUAUUUUUGAAAAUGAGAUUCAUUUUGUUAACAUUUGUUCAGUCUGCAAAGACAGUCUUGUAUCCUAAAGAAUACACUCAAACCUGCAGUCAGUACAUAUGUGGUGACCCUUUGUAUAAAGAAAAUAACAAGAGCACCUAGAAACAAGGGGGGCAAAUCUUACAUACUAUAAGAGACAUUUCGAUCUCUUACUAAUCUUUCCGUUGUAUCAGAAUUUUAAAACUAUUACUACAAAUUAGGAAUUAGGCAUCAUUUUGAAAGCAGACAAAAUUUCUCAAGUUAAAGAAGGAUUAGUUAUAAAUGCCUGAUAUAUUUAAGAAAUAUUAAGGGAGAUUUAAGGGGAUCGUUCAUCACUGACCAUGACUUUUUACUAACCAUUCUAACAUUUUUUAUUUAUUUGCUAAA